UCUGUCUCUCUCUCUCUCUCUCUCUGUCUCUCUCUGUCUCUCUAAGUUUCAUUUCCAUUUCACAGUGCGCUCAGGCUGGGUACAGCAGUCCCUCCACUCUGCGCUCUGGUAGUCCUGAGUUGGGUCAGUUUCAGCCGAGGCGAGUGUAACUCUCUCUCUCUCUCUCUCCCUCUCUCUCUCUCUCUCUCUAAUUUCGUCCACCUUUGUAAUAGCUCCAAGCCCCCGUUGGCCGCUGGAGACUGGAUCAUGUAAAGGCUUAUUUAUUUUUUGAGCAGAAAGUUAAGCGUGUGUGGUGCGUGCACAAGUAUUUCUGUGUGGCUGCACACACUGCUGGAUUAACUUGGAUGGCAGCAACCUGACACUUUGGAAAGGACGAUCGGGGGGAACAACAAGUUAGGGAGGGCGUGACCUGUGCCAGAUGGGCAGCGCCCCAAUCCAGCUCACCAAGAUCAAACUGGGGAAGCUCCAGAUCAUCCGGAGGCGCUUGCUCCAACGCUAUGAGUACCAGCCUUUCCUCUCUUGCCUGGCGGGGCUGUAUGGCUGCCAGUGGAGGCGCUACCAACGCACACGGAUCCUGCCUGGGGAAUUCUGUUGCAGCAAGUUUGAAUUGUUCUGCUUCGGAAUCCUGGUGGCAACCUUUGGCCUGGUAUUCGUGCUCCUCUACUUUUGGGGUGAAGCAAAGAAUGACUACAAUGAUUUUGAUUGGAAUUUUUAUAGUGGCAAAUGGAUCCCUUGGUCCGUAGUGGUCCUUGGUGUGGCAGCAACGCUUUUCACUUACAUCGCAAUCUUGCUGGUUCUGGCGAUAUGUUUGCUAAGCGAAGGUCAGCGUCUGCACUUAUUCUGGGGUCACAAGAUUGGAAUUGUUGUGGUACUUGGUGUCACUGCAGUUGCCAUCGGUUUCUUGUACAAUCAAUGGCACGAGGAAUGGAAUACCUUCGCCCUCUCGUUUCAGGUCACUGCUCCAUACCUGCAUAUUGGAGCUGUGGCAGCCAUGACAGUGCUGGCCUGGCCAGUUGGCCAACAUUUUGCCAGGAUGAAUAGAAAAGUUCCCAGAGCCUUCAUUUUGAGUGUGUAUUUUGCUGUUCUCCUUUUUCUCUACUUGGUGCCUCUCGGCAUGUAUUCUCCCUGCAUCAAAGAGAAGGGGACCCUGGGACCGAAGCCAGCUGUUAUUGGACACAGAGGGGCACCAAUGCUAGCACCAGAAAACACGUUGAUGUCAUUUGAGAAAACUAUAGAACAUGGAGCAGAUGGUUUGGAGACUGAUGUCACCAUUAGUUGGGACGGAGUUCCAUUCCUCAUGCAUGAUCAAACGUUGAGAAGGACCACCAAUAUUGAAGAGGUGUUUCCAAGCAACAAGACCAUGAAUGCUGCUUUCUUCAUCUGGGAUGAACUCGCAGAACUGAAUGCAGGGAAAUGGUUCCUCCAGGACAACCCCUUUAGAACCAAACACCUGUUGUCGCGUGAGGACAAACAGAAGGCCAGCAGGCAGACGGUUUGUAAGCUGAUUGAGCUCCUGAGGCUGGCCGCCGCCCAUGGAAAAGUUGUCAUCUUUGACUUGUUCAGGCCACCCCAGAAGCACCCGUACCGAAACACUUUCAUUCACAACACUCUCAGUGCCAUCCAGGAAUCUGGGAUCAACGAGAGCCUGAUUCUUUGGCUGCCCAACGCUAUGAGGUCAGCUGUUCAGCAGUUGAUGCCAGGACUUGUGCACAUUCAUGGAGGAAAGAAGCCUAUUGAAGAAUUACAGUUGGACAAGAUUGACAAACUCAAUGUGCGCUACAGUGAGAUUUCCAGUGGAGAGAUCAGAAUGUACGCAGCUUCAAACAUCAGCACCAACCUGUACGUUGUGAGCGAAUUGUGGCUCUUCUCCUUGGUGUGGUGCGCAGGCGCCCACUCCGUCAUCACCAACGCUCCCCAACAGCUGAAGGAACUCCACCGGCCCUGGUUUCUAAUGACCCCUUCUCAGUACAAAAUGAUGUGGAUUUCAUCAGAUGUUGUAUCAGCUGCAUUGAUCAUAAUGAUAUUUAUAUUCAGUUGGUGGAGAGAAAACGGAUUAUCAUGUUUUCCAAAUGGGAGAAUUAAGAGUGAAAACUUGGUUUACAGCAAGUUCCAGACAAAAAUGAAUAACGUCUGGUCCAUUUCUGGAGAAGCCGAUCACCAUGACGACAGUAUGCUGAAUGCAUCUCCUGCACCAGAAGCCAUCGGCCUAGCCUGACCAUCUGUGGAAAGAUGAAAUUGUUGGGGAAGUUGGGAGGGGGGGCGGUGGAAGGUGGGGAGGGGUGUGCUGGUGCAGUGAUGGAAGGGGAAAGACAGGAGAAAUGUUACAACCCAACACACUUCAAGAGAGAGGUGGCAGACAAGUGGCAUAAGCAACAGAAUGAAGCCCACCUGCCUGCUUUUCUGGUGUUACUGGCUUUGGGACUCCUUUGACUGGAAGAGUGGUACUUUGUACUCUGGGUGAAUGGGGACCCACUGAUUUGAUUUUCUUGUUCAAUUUGUUCUCAAGGCAGGGGCAUCACUGGCAUCGCCCAUCUCUUAAUUGGCCCAUGUGAAGGUGGUACUACAAGUGAAUUGGCUGGCUAGGUCACUGAGAGGGCAGUUAAGAGUUAACUGUGUUAGCAUGGGAUUCUUCCAUCUUCACUCGAUCUUCAGUUCCCACAGACAAACCCUGGAACUUUAUCCACUAACUUUGUGACUCACUUUUGAUUUCAAUGUUUACAUGUGGAGGGCAGGUUGGG